UUUCCUGGUCGGCGCUCUUUAUUUUUGGUCGUUAAAGUUUCUUUGGUUUCUUAUAAGUCUAUUUAUUAUUGAUUAAAAUAAUAUUAUUUAAUAAUAUAGUAGGGAUCUCAUGAACCAAAGGUUAAAAUUAAUAUUUUAUUAACAUGAGCGAUCCAAGUGCUUUCGGACUUGAGGACGGCGCAGCGAGUGGCCCUGCACGAUUGAACCCGGCGCAGUACAAGUUCUCGCAGGAUGAGUUGCGAGUGCUGAAGGAGUGCAACACGGAGAGCUUCUACCAGCGCUCGCUGCCGCUGGGAACAGGGUUUGGUCUGGCAGCUUUUUUUGGUGUUCAAGGAGGUCACUUGAAACCAAAUCCACGUUUCGGUGCGUUCCCCAAAGUGACGUUGGCUGUGAUAGUGGGCUACUUCCUGGGGAAGCUGUCGUACCAGCAGGCAUGUGCGGAGAAGCUCAUGGCGCUACCUGGCAGCUACAUAGGUCAGCUCUUGAGAGAGAAGAAGGAAGGAAGGUCUGGAUUCCCGUCACCGCGCUCGCCCGCAAUGUUCGGCGCGUCGCCCGAGGACAUUUACUCGGACGCGGGCCCCGGCAGCUCGCUGGACCUGGACAUGGACAGGCCGCUGUUCGGCGACGACCACUACCGAGCCGGUCAAGAGUCCGGAGUGGGGCCGACGCAGGCGGAGGGCGGGGGCGCGCGGCCCGCGCUGUCGUACGACGAGCUGCGGCGCCGGAACCGCGGCGAGUACUCCGAGGCCCGGCAGGACCCAUACAAAAUCGAACCCAGCAACAUCCCGCCGAUCGCUCGAGCCAAGCCGGACCCUCCGAGGUCAUCGUCGACGAAUAAGUACGGGGAUACGAUGGAAUAGACACAUGCAAUGAAGCGACCGGAAUAUUUACAUGUUAGUUUUUUGGGCAAACGAAUAUUGGCGAUGGCCUAUCCUGAGACUACGCCGGGCGUGGUGUAAUCUCAGGAUAGGCGUAAAUAAAUAAUGUGUGUGACAUACUUAAUACUGGCAGAUAACAUUGACGGGUCCUACGUAGUGCAGUGCAAGUUGAAAUACAACUCGACAGAUCCGUUUAAACAUUUUAAAGCUAUUUAAAGCUUUCGAUGAUAAGAAGUGAAUUUCGCAUCUUUGGAAGUGGAACUAGUAUACAUGUGACCCGUCGAUAUUAUUCUUUGUUACUUCAGGUCGCUUGUGUUGUGCUGCAAUAUACCCACAAACUUUAAAGUAAGCUUUAAUUAAUUUUUGACUGAUCAAAGGGAAUGUUUUACUUAAAGCCAGGGACAAAACUAGUGGAAAACGCGCGCGUAAUUUUCUCUAGCAGAUAAUAUUGAGGUCAUGUAAGGCGCAGCGCGAGCGGGAGAGGCCGCGCGCAGCUCAGCGUGGCGCACUGGCUGCGCAGCCAACCCAGCUUGUUGCCACUGAACACUCCCGGGUACUCGUAAACUUAUUUUUAUCGAAUCCGCCGCAUUUUUCUUUACCGAUAGCGAGGACCGAUUUAGGCACCGUAAACCUCAUACGCAAAUUUAUUAACCACUCCCUGCCUAGCAAAGGCACCGCGUCUUUAAUGUAUAAUUUAAGAUUUUCAUUGAUAAAGCCAUACUUAACGGGCACUAUAAUAUAACCGACACAUUUAGUCACUUCCGUCAUAGCUUUUUAGCUUGUAACUAUUAUCAUUUACUUUUUUUUUUUCUUUAAUCUGGCUUUACUCUGAUUAGCCAA